AAUGAACAGCUCACUUUUGGCAAUUCUUGUCUCCCUAUGUGCUAUAACUAUGGUGUCAGCUCGUUUUUCAUGCGGACACGAUCCAAUUCAGUCUGGAUUUGCGGAGCUUUUGAUUAAGAAUGAUUGCAAGGGAAGACUUAACAAAGUCGACGCCUGCUGUGCUCAACAUACAGCCUGUUACGCCAAGAAGACUCCGAGAAAUGUUUGCGAUGAAGGAUUCUGCAAGUGUGCCAAGAACGCUGCCAAGAGUUUGCCACUCUGCACAUUUCAAAUGGACACAUUCUGUAACACAGCCAAGAGCUUCGGAGGAUUCCAUUUCAAGGGAUAAGUAUUUGAUUUGACGGGUUAAUAUAUUUUUCGCAUAAUUUAUGCAUCUUUCUUGAUAAAUACUUUAAAAACUU